AUGGCAGACUCCAAGACUCCCGUUGGUUUGGCUGUGCCAACGAGGAAACCAGCACCUGCUGGAGAUGCUGAGGAACCCAAAGACACGACUCACACCCCUUCCCAGAGGUACCUGUCGACGAGGGGAGGAUCAUAUGGUCUUUCGUUCGAAGAAGUUGUAUUGAAAGGCCUUGCUUCUGAUGGCGGACUUUUUAUUCCAGAAGAAGUCCCCUCAUUACCCCGCGAUUGGGAGUCAAACUGGCAAAAUCUCUCCUUCUCCGACCUUGCCUUCGAAAUCCUCUCCCUUUACAUCUCGCCCUCCGAAAUACCUCCCCAAGAUCUAAAAGAGAUCAUUGAUCGAAGUUAUUCCACCUUUCGCGCACCAGAAACUACCCCACUUGUCACUCUAAACGAAAAGGACAACCUAUACCUGCUCGAGCUAUUCCACGGUCCUACAUUUGCAUUCAAAGAUAUCGCCUUACAAUUUCUUGGGAACCUCUUCGAAUACUUCCUCGUCAGGCGCAACAAGGGCAAGACUGGAAGGGAUAGACAUCAUCUUACAGUUGUCGGCGCAACCAGUGGUGACACCGGAUCUGCUGCGAUUUACGGUCUGCGCGGGAAAAAAGACAUUUCGGUCUUCAUUUUACAUCCCCAAGGACGAGUCAGUCCAAUUCAAGAGGCUCAGAUGACAACAGUUUUGGAUGCCAAUGUCCACAAUUUGGCUGUUGAGGGAACUUUUGACGAUUGUCAGGAUAUUGUAAAAGCCCUCUUCGCGGAUCCCAAGAUCAACGAGACUCUAAAGCUUGGAGCUGUUAAUUCCAUAAAUUGGGCUCGAAUCUUGGCACAAACUACCUACUACUUCCACGCAUACUUCACACUCACGAAAUCCCCAGCAUACAAAGCAGACCACAAGGUAAGAUUCGUCGUGCCAACUGGGAACUUUGGCGAUAUUCUAGCUGGAUAUUUUGCAAAGCGGAUGGGACUUCCUUCAGAAAAGUUGGUGGUAGCCACAAAUGAGAAUGAUAUCCUUGAUCGAUUCUGGAAGACCGGAAAUUACGUGAAGAAGGCAGUCCAUGGCGCAGCCGCUGAGGGAGGAAUCCCCGCUGAUGGAGCAAAAGCUCAUGAAGACGGUGUGAAGGAGACCUUGAGUCCAGCAAUGGAUAUCCUUGUCUCCAGCAACUUCGAGAGACUACUGUGGUUCUUGGCUUGCGAAUUUGCCGCCGAAGCAGGAAUGGACGAUGAAUGGAACAAGAAACAGGCUGGCCAAGAAGUCGAUGCCUGGUUAAAGCAACUGAAGACGAAGGGCGGAUUUGAAGUCCACGCAGAUAUGUUGAAAUUUGCAAAGAGAGACUUUGAGAGUGAGAGGAUCAGCGACGUCCAAACGCUUGAGACGAUCAAGAAAUUCUACUCCUCUCUCUCUACCAAUGACGUCACAAAUGGCAGUGCCUCUAAAGGAGGGUACAUACUAGAUCCUCACUCUGCAAUUGGCGUUGCUGCAUCAUUGCGAUCCAUCCAGAGAACACCGGGUGUCCAUCACAUUUCUCUUGCCACAGCACAUCCAGCGAAGUUCGCGAAUGCGGUUGACCUGGCGUUGAAAGACGAGGAAGGCUUUAGUUUCAGCACGGUUCUUCCUGAAGAGUUCGUUGGCCUCGAGCAGAAAGAGAGGCGAGUGACUGCUGUCCCCCGGGGAGCUGGAUGGGAAGGUGUGAGAAAGAUCGUUGAAGAUGAGGUCGAAGCCGAGUUGGAGGGGAGCAGAUGA